GAUUUUAGCGUGGUUUGUCGUGUCGGACCAUGUCGUACCUUAUCAUACUUCUCAAAAAUAAAGGUGGUCUAGGCCGGUCCACAGCCCGGCACGCACAAUAACGUGUCAUACUGGGCCUUGGGCCGGCCCAGCACAGUGCCAUCUUUAAUCCUCGUCUACAAGCCCAUCCAUUGCAAGUUCUCUUCGUAACAGACAUGGACCACUUACUCGGUUACUCAUUGUUAAAUAUUAAAACUCCGUAGUAGUAAAAGUUACGAGUAAUAAAGUAAGGAGAUAUACCUUUCUUUUGGGUCCCUUUUGGAAGUAAAUCAAAAUUAUCCGAAGGUGGUAAUAACUACAAAUUCAACGUUAAAAAUAAAAUUAAAAAUUAAAAAAAAAAAAAAAAAAAAAAAAAAAAAAAAAAAAAAAAACUGGUGAAAAUAAUUUAUUAAAAUAAGAGAUAAACGACGAAAAGUUUUUAUUGAAAGUCCAUUUAAUUUUACAACAUCUAUUAACUCGUCUAAUCCUCAAGUGACUCAAUUUCAUUUCCCUCCUCUUCCUUCUAGUCCAACAAACAACAGUGAAGAAAAAUGAGUUCAAUACUAUUUGUUUCACUCUAUCUUCUUUCAACAAUACAUGAAACAACUUCCAUACCGCAUUAUCUAGCCAACAACUGCCCGAAUUCUACCUUUGCUACCAACAGCAAAUACAAAUCCAACCUUAACACCCUCUUUAAAUCUCUCUCAACAAAAGCCACCACUAAUCCCUUCCCUCCCGGAGGUUUUUAUAUCACCUCCACCGGCAACGGCACCAGCGAUGCCGUCUACGGCCUCUUUCUCUGCCGUGGUGAUCAGAACAUCACGGGUUGUGGCGAUUGUGUCAAAACCGCUACGACGACUGACUUACAAAGGUACUGCCCCAACUCAAGAGUCGCAAUAAUAUGGUACGACGAGUGUAUGGUACGAUUCUCCAACGAAUCCCUUUACGCUAAAAUGGCCGAUGAUCCCUCAGCUUCCUUUAUGAACGCGAAACGUUACGAGGGGAACCAAACACAAUUCUUUGGGAUCAUGUGGAAUACCAUGAACCAUUUGGUUGGUGAAACUGCUAAUAAUCGAACCGCUAAGAAAUUCACCACAAAAAUGGUGAAUAUUACUAAAUCAGUCACCUUGUAUACAAUGGAGCAGUGUACACCGGACUUGACGCCUAAUGAUUGUAGCCGAUGCUUGGCGAAAGCCAUCGGAUUAUUGGAAACUAUGAGAGGUGCCCGAAUUUUGUUGCCUAGUUGUCAUGUUCGGUAUGAGACAUACACGUUUUACAUUGGUGCCGUUAAUUAUUCGUUGCCAUUACCGAUUUCUUCUAAUUCCCCCAUUCAUGGUGAUCGAGGGAGGAAGAAAGUAUCAGCUGCAGCAAUUAUAGCCAUUGUUUUUUCUGUGGUUGCUAUAUCGGCAGUAAUACUUGCUCUAGAAAUCUGUUUUGUAAAUAAGAGAUUUAAAAAGUAUGGUGCAGUACCUAUUCAAAAUGGGGAGGAUUUGACAACCCUUGAGUCGUUGCAAUAUGAUCUAGCAACACUUCAAUUGGCAACUAAUAACUUUUCCGAGGAGAGUAAAAUAGCUGAAGGUGGAUUUGGUGGUGUAUAUAAGGGUACAUUAUCAAAUGGACAAGAAAUAGCAGUUAAAAGAUUGUCUAAAACUUCCGGCCAAGGUGUAGCAGAAUUCAAGAACGAGGUCUUGUUCAUCGCUAAGCUUCAGCACAGAAAUUUAGUAAAACUAUUGGGAUUUUGCUUGGAGGGAGAAGAGAAGCUCCUAGUGUAUGAAUAUGUGCUGAAUAAGAGCCUUGACCAUUACAUCUUCGAUUACGAAUGAAUAAAUAUAAAAGUCAAGGCGUUGAUUCAGAUCAAUCAACCAGCAAAUCUGUCCCUAUAUCUAUGAACAAUGAUGACUCUGUCACUGAAGUUGAUCCUAGAUAGACACGAGUGAUUAGAGAUGAGGAACAUACUUGAGCAUCGAUCUUUAUUCUACGCUUACCAUCAAGGUGAGGUGAUACUACUUUUCAUCUCAUAAAUAUUGAUGUUUAUACUGUUAAUUAUAUACUUCGUAGAUGUUUGAAUUGUCCUGUUAUUGUAUACAAGCAUAGCUUACAAUGUAAUAUACCCCCUCUAUUUCAUAAUAAUCGCAACACUAGACAUUGUGGAGACACUGUCACUAUCCUAUUAGUACUCUUAUAUAUGUUGGAGCAGUUGGACCA